ACUAAAUAGGUACUGAUUCAAUUUCAAAAUAAAAUACAAAAUAAACUGAGAAUAUAUUAUGCGAAGUCUGAGUGUAAUUGGAGUAGUUAUCUAUGUAUAUAAUUUAAAACCAUUGAUGUAAUAUCCAAUAAUAUGGGUGAACCAGGAAUAAUUAAAAAAUUGGACGAAGAAGUCGUGAAUCGCAUCGCAGCCGGUGAAAUAGUUCAGAGACCGGCCAAUGCUUUGAAAGAAUUGAUAGAAAAUAGCUUAGAUGCCCGCUCAACAAAUAUAAUUAUCACUGUGAAAGCUGGCGGCCUAAAGUACCUACAGAUACAAGACAACGGCACAGGCAUACGGCAUGACAACUUAGAUAUAGUCUGUGAGAGGUUCACCACCUCAAAGCUGUCACACUAUGAAGAUCUUCAGGCUAUCAGCACCUACGGUUUUAGGGGCGAAGCCCUAGCGAGUAUCAGCCACAUCGCCCACCUGACCAUUCUGACUAAGACUGCUCAUGAUAAGUGUGCCUACAAGGCGUCUUACGAAAACGGCAAACUCAAAGGUCCCAUAAAACCCUGUGCAGGCAAUAACGGCACCCAGAUAACUGUAGAAGACCUGUUUUACAAUGUUCUGGCCCGCAAGAGAGCCCUGCGGAGCCCUAGCGAGGAGUACUCGCAUAUAAUGGAAGUUGUAGGGGGUUACGCCAUCCACAACAGCGGCGUGGGCUUCACACUGAAGAAGUUUGCUGAAAACACUGAUAUAAAGACUCCUAUCAAAUCCACUGUUAUAGAAAAUGUCAGAAUUAUCCACGGAAACUCCAUAGCUCGCGAACUGUUGGAAAUAGAGCUAAAAGACCCGACGUUGAAACUGUCCGUGCACGGGUACAUCACUAGUGUGAACUAUUCACACAGGAAAGGCACCAUGUUGCUCUUUAUUAACCAUAGAUUGGUUGAUUCACCUUCAAUACGUAAAGCGGUUGACUGUGUUUACGCAACGUAUUUACCGAAAAACACACACUCUUACGUGUAUCUGAGCUUGGAAUUAGACCCCAAAAACGUUGAUGUGAACGUGCAUCCGACGAAACACGAAGUUCAGUUCUUGUACGAGGAACAGAUCGUAGAGAAAAUCAAAACUGCCAUAGAGAGUAAACUUCUGAGCUGUAACUCGUCGAGGGUUAUGUACACUCAGUCCAGGUUACCAGGCGCGACUAUGGUUGAAGAGAUCGUAAAGAGAACCACCGAUGGUGCUAAAAUAUACGCAAAAGAUCUCGUUAGAGUAGACUCCGAUACGCAGAAGAUAGACAAGUUCUUCAGAGUCGCUGACAAACUAGCCAAAGAGAAUUCAUCACCACAGACAGACAACAAAAAAGAUUUAACGACUAUAGAGAAAAGAGAUUCAACAGUCGUAGGCAUCAAACUGGAUGGAAGAAAAGAAAUAGACAGAACAAAUAAUUUAUACCAUAAUGCAGAACAAAAUAUGGAUGUCGAUAUGACUGAAGGAAUACGAACAGACAAUAAAAACAUCGAAAAUCCAAAUAAAGUACGUUUUGUAUUCGAAGAUUCUGACCAUUUGAAUGAUCUAGAAACUUCUAUAAUGGAACAUGACAAAAGCAAUGAUCCAAAAGAUUUGAACGAUCUAGAAAGUUCUCUGAUAUCGGAACCGAACAAAGCAAACGAUCCUAAAGAAACUUGGAAAUCUGCAGCGGUUGAUAAUGCAAAUAUUACGUAUAUAGAUCCGAAAGAAUCGUUCAAAACGAGGACUUUUAAGCACGAAAGAGUCGAAACGAAGUUGACUAGCAUUAAACAGUUGAGACUGAGCAUUGAGAAUAAAUGCAAUAUGAAUUUGAGGGAAAUAUUGGCUAACCUGAUAUUCAUUGCGUGCAUAGAUUGUCACAGAUCUCUGAUACAGCAUUCGACAAAACUUUACUUGUGCGAUACUACUAGAUUGACCGAGGAGUUGUUCUACGAAACAAUAUUGUACGAUUUCCAAAACCUCGGCCUGAUAAGAUUGUCGAACCCGCUACCCCUGGAAGAGCUCUUCGUACUGGGCCUCAGGUCACAGGAGGAAGAAUGGAAUCCAGAACUGGGUGACAUGCGAGAAUUGUCGCAACAGAUGUGUAAGUUGUUGGUCAGCAAGCGAGCAAUGUUGCUGGAGUAUUUCUCCUUGGAGGUCACCGCGCAGGGAGAACUGUCUGCCUUACCUUUGCUAUUAGAUAACCACACUCCAUUUAUGGGUGCAUUACCUAUAUACCUAGUGCGCCUAGUCACCGAAGUCAACUGGGACUCCGAGAAGGAAUGUUUCGACACGUUGAGUCGACAAACAGCCAUAUUUUACUCUCAACCCAAUCCAGAUACAUUGGAGGAUGCGAUCAAAUCGAAAAUGUGGAAACAAGAGCACGUCAUAUUUCCCGCGAUUAGGAGGAACUUUUUGCCGCCCACAAGCUUCGUCGGCAAUGGGGCGAUAUUGCAGAUCGCCAGUCUUAGUGAUUUGUAUAAAGUUUUUGAGCGCUGCUGAAUUAUGAUACACACUAAAGAAAACUUAAUAAGCAGAAAUCGAAUGAUUUUUGAAUAUAACUGACCCCUACCCCGAGAUACGAGGUCGAAUACGAGCGGUCAAUCAACCCAGCCAUCGCCAAUAAACCAGUUAUUCAGUAUUCAAGCUGAAGAUGUUCUCCAAGUCGGUAUAUUGGAUAAAGACAAAGUUUAUAUCAACAUAUGGCCUUACCCAAAAACCCAGAUGUAUCGCAGUAUUAGAAGUAACAGUUAAUGGAAAUUAUGUUUUUAUGGAACACUGGCCUGAACUGUGAUAUUAUGUAAAUAGAGUUUCAGCCAGUCAUAAGUAAGGAAAAAGUAAUAUUCGUAUAGGUAUUAUGUCAAGGUCUUCGCGAUAGAAGAUCGAAAACGAGCGGUCAAUCAACCCUGCCAUCGCUCGUCUAGCAGUUAUUCAGUACAUAUUUGUUUUUUUUUUUUAAGUAGAAGACAACAAUUAUAUUUGUCAUUGUUACGUUGUUGAUUUUAGUGAAAUAAAUGGUUUGUUUGUAUUUUUC